AUGCAGCUCCUUUCCACCCUCUUCCUGGGAGCUUCUGUGCUCGUCGCAUGUGUUUCUGCUCAAACAUGGACUGAUUGCAACCCCAUGAACACGACUUGCCCAAAUGACCCAGCCCUUGGGAUCAGCCAUAAUUUCGUCUUCAACACCUCGUCCACCGUAUCAGAUUCGUUCAAUGUCACUUCUGGAGCUCUUGUCUAUGGUACCGAUGGAAGCGAAUACACGAUCAACAAGCGCAAAGACUCGCCGACUAUUCAAUCCAAGUUCUACAUAUUCUUCGGCUCCGUCAGUGUUAUAAUGAAGGCGGCCAAGGGCCAGGGAAUCAUCUCCUCGAUCGUACUCGAGUCCGACGACCUCGAUGAAGUGGACUGGGAGUUCCUCGGCGGCAACGGCACUCACGUGGAGACGAACUACUUCGGAAAGGGCAACACCACUUCGUUCGAUCGAGCUAUAUACCACCCAAUGAAAACUGAUCCUAGGGAAACAUUUCACAACUAUACCAUCCACUGGACUUCCGACAAGCUGGAAUGGUAUAUAGACUCCGAACUCAUCAGGACUCUUCCUUAUGCCGCUGCGAAUGGCGGACAUAAUUAUCCCCAGACCCCAAUGACUGUUCGCCUGGGAAUCUGGGCUGGUGGUGAUCCAGACAACAGCAAAGGGACCAUCGAAUGGGCUGGCGGUUUGAGUGAUUUUUCUAAAGGCCCUUACACUAUGACCGUCAAGAGCACUGAUGUGGCCGACUUUUCGACUGGCGCCAAAGAAUACGAAUGGAGCGACAAGUCUGGAAGCUGGCAAAGUAUCAAGGCAAUCAGUGGAAAUUCAACUGUUGCCAAAGCAAUUGAGAAGACUGAACAUCCCGAGCCUUCACUUUCAGAGAAGUUUGCAGCUCUCCCCCAGAGUACCAAACUCGCUGUCUAUGCGGGCAGCGCUGCUGCCGGUGCUCUUCUUAUCGGCGCAUUUCUCUUCACCUGCCUUCGCCGACGAAGGCAAGGAAAGAAAGAAAGAGCAGACUAUAAUGCAAAGAUCGAGAGAGAGCGUGCAGAGGAGUACAACAAUCAAGUCGAGCUGCGCGAAAAGGGACUUGGAGGGUGGGACAAAGGAGCCUAUGAAACACAAGGGGAUGAUGCCCUUGGUGGAUGGGGAGGAACCUAUGUGCCACAGGGGACCAAGGCAGCUGAUUUCCCAGAGCCGAAGGAUUCAGCAAACGUGGUCGCAAAAGAACUGCCGUCCCGAGUCACCAGCCCCAUUUCGCGGAACCAAACACCAUCGCUUGUCAGCCCUAUACCGCAAAGUCCAAGGGCUUGGAAUGGAGGUAACUCAGGUGGUUUGAUCAAUGGUGCAGGCAACGCUUACACGGGAGGAUACGGAGGCUCAAAUAACAUCCCAAGGAGUCCCUCAUUCCCGGUCACUUCACCAUCACCAUCUCAGUCAAGGGGAUAUCCAGGUGGGUAUACGAACGGUGGUUAUCAGCGAUUCUGA